AUGACCGCAGGCAACCGUUCCUCUGCAUCCAUACACGAUGAAAAGAUCCCUAUCGAGGAUCCCGUAGCCCCCAUCCCUCACUUCCCAUCCGAAAACAAAGGCGAUAUCAAAGACGAGCUUGCCGCUAUCGAGGCCGAUGCUGGCUCUUUGGGGGACGAAGAGGAACUCGAAGAGUCCAUCCGACUUGUGCCCAAGAUCGUCCGCGAACUAGUCUCCAUGGAGGAUGAUCCUACUCUCCCUACGGUCACCUUCCGCUACUUUGUGCUCAGCACGCUCUUUGUCGCCCUUGGUGCAGUCAUCAGUCAGAUCUCCUGGUUCAGAACCACAUCUGCCUCGUACUCGAUGUUCUUUGUCCAAAUCGUAUCGUACUGGCUUGGUAAUCUCAUGGCCCGUGUCCUGCCCUCCAAGGACAUCAACCUCGGACUAUUCAAGUUCAACCUCAAUCCUGCUCCGUUCUCGAUCAAGGAACACGUCUUGAUUACUCUCGCUGCAAGUGCUGGCGCGACCUCCAAUUUGGGAGAGAUCAUCGUUUCGGUAAAAGAUAUUUUCUACCAUGAGCAGAUGCAUCCGCUGGCAGCCAUCUGCCUCAUGUGGGCUACUAUCUGGACUGGAUACUCGUUCGCAGCCAUCGGACGCAGCUUCUUGCUCUACGACCCCGAUCUGAUCUGGCCCUCUGCCCUGAUGCAGACUGCCCUUUACCGCACUCUUCGCGGCGAGGGCCAGUCUUUGGACAUUUCCCGAAAGCAGAUCCGUGUCUUCUGGGCAGUCUUGAUCGGAGUCUUCUUCUGGUCUUUCCUCCCCGAGUACGUCUUUCCAUUCGCGUCCUCAUUGGCGGUCCUCUGCUGGUUCGCUCCCAGGAACGAUAGCGUCAAGUUCAUCAGCAGUGGCUUCGGAGGCAUGGGCUUUCUGAACUUCACUCUCGACUGGUCUAAUAUCACCUCGACUAUCAUGGUCUCUCCUUGGUGGACUCAAGUCAUUGGCUUCGUCGCCUUUGUCCUUUCCGUCUGGGUCUUGGUUCCAAUCGUCCAUUUCACUGGCAUCUGGAAUGGCGACAAAUUUCCUCUCAUGUCCAACCGUCUCUUCAUGGCCAACGGUACCCGGUACCCUUUCACCGAGCUCACUACACCCGAUGGCCACUUCGAUGAGCAGGCUUUCAAGGAUCUCGGAAAUGUCUACAUGUCAACGUACAAUCUCUGGGGAAUUUUCUUUGGCUAUGCAACCUUCCUUUCGGCUUUUGUCCAAAUCUUCUUGUUCGGGCGUAAGAAGAUCUGGUCUACUCUGCAGCACCUUCGUAACAAGCAGCAGCACUCCUUCAAGGACCGUCUCAAUGUCUUGAUGUCGGAGUAUGAGGAAGUGCCUUUGUGGUGGUACAUCCUGCUCUUUGCCUGCUGCUUCACCACGAUGUUGAUUUUGAUUUUCACCCAGGACUUGUACUUGCCUUGGUGGACCUACAUUGUCGGUGUUGUCCUCGGCGCCUUGACCGUUGUUCCUAUGGGAUUCAUCUACGCCGUGAGUGCAUAUCAGGUCAGCACUGGAACCUGGAAUGAACUGAUUUACGGAUACAUGGCCCCCGGAACCCAUCCUGUCGGAUCACUUGUCUACCGUGUUGUCGCUGGACAGUGCUGGUACCGUGCGCAGAGUAUUUUGCAGGACCAGAAGAUCGGUCACUACAUGAAGGUCAGCCCCCGCGCCACGUUCUUGUCUCAGCUCUGGGGUAACUUGAUCGGUGUCCCAAUCAACUAUGCUGUCAUUCGCUGGGUCAUCGACACCAAACGUCCGUACCUGGAUGGCACCGAAAAAGAUCCUCUUGGGCAGUGGUCUGGUCAGGCCCCUCAGAGUUAUCUGAACCAGGGUAUCCAGUAUGGUCUCGUUGGGCCGACCCGUCUGUUUCAGGAUGCCAUCUACGGUCCCCUCCGCUGGGGUUUCUUACUAGGAGUGAUAGCGCCUGUGGUCAUGUAUCUCUUACACAAGAAGUUCCCCCGCGCAAAGUUCCACCUCUGGCACAGCACCAUUUUCUUCUCAAGCAUGGAAAACUUUUAUGGAAACGUCUCGACCGGCCCCUUGUCGUCCUUUAUCGGAGGGUUUUUCUGUAUGUACUAUUUCUUCCGCUACAGGCACGCUGCCUGGGUUAAGUACAACUAUUUAAUCGGUGCCGCUGCCGAUACGGGAUUGUCCCUGGCGAUCCUUGCCAUCUUCAUCUUCUUUGGAAGUGCAAAGAUCAUUGAGAUGCCAGUAUGGUGGGGUAAUGAUCCUGAUUCGGUCGAAAAGUGCUACGGAUCCGGUGCAUAA